AUGGCUUGGAAGCUUGACGGAAAGCUUGCGAUUGUAACCGGCUGCGCAUCUGGCAUCGGCCUGACGACAACGAGACUUUACCUUGAAGCGGGCGCAACGGUCUUCGGCAUCGACAUCUCAACUUUUCCUGAACCAUCUCCAAUCCCCAGAGCUCUCUGUGACAACUUCCAUUUCCAUAAGGCCGAUCUGACAGCCCCUGGCGCCUGCGAUGACUCGGUCGCGGCCUGUCUCUCGAAGACGGGAAAAAAGAUCGAUGUCCUGGCUAACGUUGCUGGCAUUAUGGACGCCUUUGAAGCAGUUCACAAAACCAAAGACACAACCUGGGAUAGGCUUAUAAGCGUGAACACCACGGUGCCAAUGAAGCUGAUGCGAGCGGUAUUGAAUGAAGGAGGUAUGCUCGAGCAGAAGUCAGGUCGAAUCAUUAACGUUGCUAGCAAAGCUGGCCUAAGUGGAGCUGCAGCAGGAUUUGCUUAUACCGCUAGCAAACAUGCCCUAAUCGGAAUGACCAAACAUGCGGCCUGGCGUUACCGCCACGAUGGAAUCCGCACCAAUGCGGUUUGCCCAGGGGGAGUCCCGACGAACAUCAAAGAUUCGAUCCACAAAGAGAAUUUCGACCAAGAGUCCUUGGAUACGCUCACGCCCUUCCAUCGGUUGAAUCACGCCCGAGAUGGCGGCCAAAGCAUCUCAACAGCCGACAUUGCAAACGUGAUCCUGUUUCUCUCUGUCGAAGCGUCCCGCAAUGUCAAUGGCGUAAUUGUCCCCGUGGACAAUGCCUGGAGCGCGUGUUGA